AUGGCUGACCAAAAUUAUAGUGUUCUCCCGCCACCUGAAUACCAACAACAAGUUUACUCAAAUCAAACAUUACCAGCAACAUAUCCACAACAACCACAAUAUAAUGGAUAUUCACAACAGCCAUAUAUACAACAACAAAAUAACACACAACAACAGUAUCCCCCACAACCAAGUUACUACCAACAAACACCACAAUACGUGCAACCAACGGUAAACCAACCCCUGAUGAUGGCACAACCUACGUACUGCCAAACACCAAGUGGUGUUGAUGAGAAGAGGGCAACCAAUCUGGUCUUCCUCAUGUUUGGACUUGGUUUCUUAUUACUCUUCCCAUGGCUCGUUGCUUUCAUCAUCUCAAGAAAAACUAAAAACAAAGCAGUCAAUGUCGUUGGGUGGAUUUCAUUCGGACUAUUCGCAACGUGCUUUAUAUUACUCACUAUGAUCCCCGUGUUCGUGACUUUAUAA